AUGGCUCGACUGCGUUUGGCCUUGCUUCAUGUUUAUGUGAUCGCUUCCCUUUCAAUUUUAGCACUUCCAACUUCUGGAAACGACCUAGCGGAUCUCUUCGCGAGGUUAACGAUUUUGGACGGCCAGGAACAAAAUGUUGCAACAUCUGUCAAUCCCUUGGCUUUCCAUCCUGCCAGACUUUUUAGCGUGAGACAAACGUGUCCGACACCUCAAACUUGCAAGUAUCCUUCGUCUAUGUUGAACAAGCUUUCUACCUUUACUGGAGCCAACAAGGCAGGGACAAGCAUUGUUAUUGACAAGAAACCCGUCGACACCAAGACACCAACAUUAUUCGAUUCUUUGGUGAUGCGUGGAUUCCGUCGGGUGGAUGCGGAAUUGGAACCGCAGCCCCCUACAAACACAAAUAAGGUUCUAGUGUUGAAUGCUUCGUUUGAGCCCUUGUCGAUCGUCUCGGCCACACGAGCUCUGAGCUUGCUCUGGGAGGGCAAGGCGUCCAUGGUUGUAGACAAAGGGAAAACGUGGAAAUCUUGUGGGGGACAGCAUGUUCAUAUUCCGUCUGUUGUGUCCUUGAGAAGAUAUGUCAAGGUCCAUCCAAAGAUGCCCCCCUUGAAUCGCAGGACUGUGCUCCUGCGCGAUGAGGGGAAGUGCCAAUACUGCGGUGACUUUGCCGAGAGCAUCGAUCAUAUCAUACCUCGUGCGAAGGGGGGAGGAACCACGUGGGAGAAUGUGGUUGCCGCAUGUAAGGCUUGCAAUGGAAGAAAAGCUGCCUUCUACCUCAAGGACACGAACCUCAAGCUCAAGAAGCAGCCUGGCCCUCCAACGUGGACCCACGAUGGAAACCAUACAUUGGCGGGCUUACGUGGAACGAGCUGGAGUCAAGACUAA